AUGCAACUACAACAGAUCCAAAAUACGACCGAGUUCAAAGUCUCUCGAAUCCCUUCGGUCUUGGCUAAUCUCGGUAUCCCUUCUACUGUCGACAUUACUUCCGAAAUAAUUGCAGUAGAGGGUGCCGUGAUUCUGGUUCAAGCUAUAUCAGUGAUAAGCCGGGCCAACAGCCUCGAAGAUUCAAGCGGACAUGUGGAACCUAUAGCCGAAGGCGAAAUUCUACCCAUGGCUCUGGGAAAGCGCCGCGCGCUGCGAAAAAGGAGCGGAGAUGUUCCGACCCAAGUGAUGACAGGGGAGAUGGUAAAUCUGCUCUCUCAGAGUGGUGUUGUUGGCACAAGCCUAGGUUUCAAUGACGAGAAGGAGCGGCCAGUUGAGCUGAAGGUUUUGGGAGCUGUGGUAUUAGCGGGAAAGCAAGUGAAUAUGAAAGACUCGGCAGUUCCUCGCCGACAGAGGCUGGAGAAAUCAGCGCCGAUUGUUGGAGUAGUCGGAACAUGCAUGGAUGUCGGAAAAACGACCAUGAUCUGCAAACUGAUUCGCGAACUCAAAAAGAAAGAGAUGAGGAUUGCGGCCGUCAAACUUACCGGGGUGGCUUCCCUAGGCGACUUACUUAAGAUGGGUGGUGCAGGGGCGGACCCUGUUAUGGGGUUUAUGGAUGGGGGCUUGCCGUCGACCUGUGGCGAUAUAACAGAGGUCACGGAGGUAGCUUUGGGCAUCCUUCAUCAAGUUAAUCAAACACAACCGGAUCUGAUCGUGGCCGAGUUUGGCGACGGACUGCUGGGUGAGUAUGGAGUCGAGCAGCUUGUGCGUUGUCCGGAUAUCCGACAAAACACCAUUGCAUUUAUUUUGAGUGCAGGCGACCUGGUUUCUGUAUAUGGAGCUCGGGUACUCAUGAAGCUUUUUGGCGCUGAAAUAUCGCUGAGCACAGGACCCGCAGUCAACAAUCUGACGGCAGCGCGUUAUGUGGAAGAGCAUAUAGGAGGCCUAGCUGAGAGCAAUCAGCAUGCGAUACCCAAGACGAUAGCUAUGGUGGAGGCUAAGUUAAAGAUAUUCCAGCCGAUUUGA